AUGGAGGCGGCGGGAACAAUGACGUCUGGGAAAAACCUAAGCCUUUUGCCUUCCGGUUAUGCCAGUACCUUUCUCAGAGCAAACCCUAAAGUAUCUAGUUCAUUUCUGUUCCUCAAGCCUCAGUCUAGAAACAACAACGUUAGAAUCUGUUCCAGUGGCCGGGUAAAAUGCUCAUACGAUUACUUUGGGAGCAACAACAACAAUAAUACAUCUAGUUUCAACAAUUAUGAUGGAUUUAUGGGGAGUCAACAGUAUCCUAAACCUACCGAAAUUCAGUGGAAGAAAGAACUCUGUAACACCGUACAGCUUAUCGGAAUCGUGGCGACGCCUGUUCAAAUUAAGCAGCUUAGCUCCGGGAAGGCACUUGCUUGGUCCCGCCUCGCCGUCAAGAAGUCCCAAACCGACACUAUUUGGAUAAAUUUGACAUUCUGGGAUGAAUUGGCACAUGUUGCAUCCCAGCAUUUAGAGAAGGGCCAACAGAUAUAUGUCUCAGGGCGCCUGGUGUCGGACACUGUUGAAAGUGAUGACGGCAAGCAGCAGACAUAUUACAAGGUAGUUGUUCAGCAACUAAAUUUUGUUGAGAGAGGAGCUGCACCUGUGGCCUUGUACGAUGGGGACUCUAGUGCUCCAACUUCAGGCAGAAAACUAAAUAGUAAUGCGGCAAAUAGUCCAGGAUCUGUAGAGGAACUAUGGCAGGCGUUUUUUGCUAAUCCAGUAGAAUGGUGGGACAACAGGAAAAACAAGAGAAGUCCAAACUACCCAGACUUCAAGCACAAGGACACCGGUGAGGCUCUGUGGGUUCAAGGUCGGUACAAUCCGCCUUGGGUGAAAUCUCAACUUGCUAUUUUGGAUGCAAGGAUGGAAUCUUUCCAUGAACAAAAUGGGAGCAAGCAAUUAAGCUAUAUGACUAUUGAUAAUUUGUAG